AUGACUCAAGUUUCAGAAUCACCAUAUCAAAAAGAAAAAUAUUUACGUUUUUAUCAAGAUUACGAUAAUAAAAACAAUGGCGAUGAUGACGAUAACAAUAAUAUUUACCCAGAAGAAUUUUUAAAAGAUUUAGACCAAGAAUUAAUAAAUAAUGAUAAUUUAUUACCAAAUAAUCUUUCAAGAUUCUCAACUGAGUCUUUACACAGUUAUAGUUUUGUCACAAACAACACUUUAUCAUUAGAAAAUAGACAAAAUAUUCUUCGUCGAUCCAUAGACUUUAUGAAAAAUAAAAUAAAAGGAUGGAAAUUUCCUCUAGUACAACAAACUCUACUUUCUUUUGACGAACCUUCUUCCUCCUCUAUCAUUCCGUCUGAUAUCAUACUUCCUUUUGAAUCAAUUGAUUCAAAGUCGUUUAGUUUUUCUGGAAAAUCAAAAAGAACGCUGACUGGACUUUCUUCAAUCUACACUCCUAUAUCUUCAUCGGCUUUACAUUCUACAACUAGAUUCACAUCUCAGAAUCAAGCUAUAAUCACAACCGAUGAUAAAACUAACAUACUAAAUGCUAAUGAUAUCACUUGUUUAGUAUUUGGUUAUUCUAGAGCCGAAGUAUUAAGCAUUAAAGUAUUGAAGUUGAUAGGUAGCCCAUUUCGUGAAAAAAUGGCUCAAACGCUUGCUUCCAGGCUUCAAAACGAAAUUGAUAAUUCUGAAGCCGUGUUGGCAUGUGGUAAAGUGAUACCAAUACAAAGAAAAAAUGAAGAGACUUCUGCUGCUUCGUUAUGGUUAAAGGUGAAAAAAGAUGAAUUGACAACUUUGUAUGGUUAUUCACCCGAAGAACUAUUAGGAAUGAAUAUUAUUACACUAAUUCCAAAAUUAGAUGUUAUCGAUAAAUUUAACGACGAUAAUAACCAUAAUGAUAAUGCAGGUUUAUGUUCAUUUCAUACAGAAUUGGACAUUGAUAAAAUAAAUAAAACAAAAUUUUAUGGCAGCAAAUCAAAGAAUGGUGGCAACUUUCCAAUCAUAGGAAAAAUAACUUUACAAACAAUUAAAGAAGAUAAUAAUAAUGGCAGUGGCAGUGUUAUUGAUAAAAUAUAUGCACUUAAAAUCAUUUCCAUCCCUACCAUUGCCGGUGUUAUAACUGCACACGCUACUGGCGUCAUCCAAUCAUGCAAUUCUGAUUUUGUCAAAUACUUGUUUGGUGUUGGUGCACAAGAACUGAUUGGUAAAAAAAAUAUUGAUAAUUUGUUACCGCAAUUUCCUCAUCUUGUAAAAAUUUUGGAAUCAGAGAGUGCACUCGUGGAAGGAAUUGUGAUAUCUGAAAAUACUUUUCGUAGAGCUGCUUCUUUAUUAUCCGUUGCUACUCCAACCUCUGCUACAAAUCUUUUUCUUUAUACCGCUCAUCCAAAAGAUUGCUCAUCAUCAUCUGCUAGUACAAUAUCAUCCAUAACAGCUACAGUUCCAUUCUCAUCUCAUGGUCCUUCAGGUAUAAUUGCUGUACAUAAAGAUGGCACAGAGUUUGAUGUUGACAUACAAAUGCGUGUCUUGGAAUCUCCUGAUGAACCAUUACAUGCAUUAUGGAUAACCUAUGAUCGUAAUAUAAACUUUUCCAAAGAUCAUGAUGACGGAAAAUCAAAAAUAGAAAGAAUGGAAACAAUUGGUGAAGAUCAUGAUAAUAAAAAAAUCGUUAAAACUCUGGGAGAAGAAAUUUUUGGUUUAUCUAAUUUUAUAGCAGCUGGUGGUAAACCAUCAUUAUCAUCGAUCGAAAAACCUCAAAUCCUCAACUCACCUUUGAUACUACCUACUCCCAAUUCUUUUGAAACUGCAAAAUAUUCGGUAUUGACCCAAUCAAAAAAUAUUAAGGAUUUUCACAUAAUUGAUAUUUUGGGUAAAGGUGCUUAUGGUGAAGCAACAUUAGCAUAUAAUAAAAACGAUCCGGAAAAGAAAAGAGUUGUUCUUAAAUAUGUUAUUAAAUCUCGUAUACUUAUUGAUUGUUGGACGCGUGAUAAACUGUUGGGUACUAUCCCUUUAGAAAUCCAUAUACUUCAUACAUUAAGACGCAUCCCUCAUCCUAAUAUUGUACAAAUGGAUGAUGAUCACUAUUAUAUCGAGAUGGAAUUACAUGGUGCUGGAAUGGAUUUAUUUGAUUAUAUAGAAUUAAACACUCAAAUGCCUGAAUCCGAAAUAAAAUCGAUAUUUCGUCAAGUUGCAAAGGCUAUUCAACACCUGCAUCAUAAUAAAAUUGUACAUCGUGAUAUCAAAGAUGAGAAUGUAAUACUUGAUGAAAAUAAUAAUGUCCAAUUGAUAGAUUUUGGAUCCAGUGCUUAUAUAAAGGAAGGUAAAAAAUACGAUACUUUCUGUGGAACUGUUGAUUAUGCUGCUCCUGAGGAAAACCCAUUCUAUAACAUUGAUGAAAUCAUUGCUGGAGAUUUAAGAAUUCCAUAUAUAUUAUCCGAAGGGUCAAUUGAUCUUAUCAAAAGAAUACUUGAACGUGAUGUUGAUAGACGUCCAACUAUUGACGAUAAAGACUUGGCAGAACGUGGUGCUGGAAUGGAUUUAUUUGAUUAUAUAGAAUUAAACACUCAAAUGCCUGAAUCCGAAAUAAAAUCGAUAUUUCGUCAAGUUGCAAAGGCUAUUCAACACCUGCAUCAUAAUAAAAUUGUACAUCGUGAUAUCAAAGAUGAGAAUGUAAUACUUGAUGAAAAUAAUAAUGUCCAAUUGAUAGAUUUUGGAUCCAGUGCUUAUAUAAAGGAAGGUAAAAAAUACGAUACUUUCUGUGGAACUGUUGAUUAUGCUGCUCCUGAGGAAAACCCAUUCUAUAACAUUGAUGAAAUCAUUGCUGGAGAUUUAAGAAUUCCAUAUAUAUUAUCCGAAGGGUCAAUUGAUCUUAUCAAAAGAAUACUUGAACGUGAUGUUGAUAGACGUCCAACUAUUGACGAUGUUUUAAAUCAUCAUUGGUUAUGUGAAGAUUAA